CCACAAACUGCAACAGAUCUGGCCACCCAGACCGCUUUUUGGCAUUCUCCACUGGUUCAUGCGAGCUCUUCUUUAGCAUGUCAAUGGGAUUCAUGACCUUUCCCAUCAGUAUGAGCAUUCAACUUGCGGCUCUGAAGCAGUCCGCUUGGGACAACAUCCCCCGCAAUUCUUUUCUCCGCCGCAUGACCGUCCGCACAUGAACCUGCAUUCAGUAGGCGAACACAAACAGAGCUUUCCCAUUAAUUGCGCUCCAAGAAGAAUCAGGAAGACAAGCACAGCAAGACUACCACGAAGAGUCACCGGUCCAACAGACAUAGCCCCCUACCCUCGUCGCAAUCCUCCUACAAGACGAGCCCAUAGCAUCCUCAACUGGCGCGCAGAAGGAAGGAUCCAGACACCAGCAAGAUGAACACCCCAACCUUGCUAACCCUGACCAUCCUUCCAUUUCUCUUCUUCGCCCUCUGGCAUAUCACCGCCUCGUCCGUCCCUCCUAUCCCGCCGUCCCUACGUGGCAAGCGUGUCAUCCUGCUCAUCGCCCACCCAGAUGACGAGUCCAUGUUCUUCAACCCGACCCUACAAGCGCUCACACAUCCCUCCCUCCAAAACCACUUGAAGAUCCUAUGCAUGUCAACAGGCAAUGCGGACGGCAUCGGCGAGACCCGUCGCCUUGAACUCGAAAAAGCGGCAGUCCAUCUGGGCCUGCGGAGGCGCGAAGACGUCUUUGUGCUAGACGAUGAGCGGUUCAAGGACGGCAUGGAUGAGGACUGGAAACCAGAAGACAUCGUGCGCGUGCUGGCGAGUGCCUUUGCGCCGCAUCUGAACGGUAACAGUCCUCAACCAUCCUCUACGUCUAUGCCGACAGGACCGAAAGACAAGGAUCGCCGGAAGUCAAAAUCAAAGCCAACCUCGUCCAGCAAGAUCUCAUCCACAGCGACAGCGCCGAGUGCACCUGCGGCGUCUCAAACCGGUCCCAUAGCAUCCAUUGAUGUGUUAAUUACAUUCGACUCGCACGGCAUCUCCUCGCAUCCGAAUCAUAUCGCCCUCUUCCACGGCGCGAGUCUGUUUGUCCGGCAGAUCAUGCAUGGCCACACCGGGUACGCAUGCCCAGUGGCACUGUACACACUACCUACAGUCAACAUCGUCCGCAAAUAUUCCUUCAUUCUAGAUGCAGUGCCGACCAUGCUGGGCGGGAUCUACAGCGCGAUCUUCGCCAAUAUAUCAAACAUCCUCAGCAAUUCGACUUCCGGUCGGGCAACGACCACGCCAAUAACAGGGAAGAAACACCCCCUAGACAGAGUGGUCUUUAUUAACGAUUUACCACGCUAUUGGAAGGCCCGCGGCGCCAUGGUGCAAGGCCACGCGAGUCAGAUGGUUUGGUUCAGGUGGGGUUGGAUUGGUCUGGGACGGUAUAUGGUGGUGAAUGACUUAAGGCCAGAGAAAAUUGUUACAUCAUGACCAUCUUUAAAUGGUUUGAUGAGUUGGAGCAUCAUGCAGGGAUGAAAAUUGCAUAUGGCGAAGUUGAGCGACGAAUUUCAAAUACUUUCGUGGCGGAGACGUAUAUUUACAAGAGGCAUUGAUCUUACUGUCUUAUUUAGCCAAGAUACCCCAUUGCCAGGACGCAACGUGGAUUCAUGGUUCAAUAGCUCUCGUUCAAGUAGGUGCUUCAAGUUCGGACGCCUUAAAGGCAGGUCCAAGUGUACAGAGUGAUCUAAUUUCGGCACAACGGUAGUACAUAUAUAAUG